AUGCCGUUUUUCAUGAAUGUGCAGCACAUUAAGAGGAGGGACAUCGUGCUGAAGCGGGAACUGGGCGAGGGAGCCUUUGGGAAGGUCUUCCUGGCCGAGUGCUACAACCUCAGCCCCACCAAGGACAAGAUGCUCGUGGCCGUGAAGGCCCUGAAGGAUCCCACACUGGCUGCCCGGAAGGAUUUCCAGAGGGAGGCUGAGCUGCUCACUAACCUGCAGCAUGAGCACAUUGUCAAGUUCUAUGGGGUGUGUGGUGAUGGGGACCCGCUCAUCAUGGUCUUUGAGUACAUGAAGCAUGGAGACCUGAACAAGUUCCUCAGGGCCCAUGGGCCAGAUGCUAUGAUCCUUGUAGAUGGGCAGCCACGCCAGGCGAAAGGCGAGUUGGGACUCUCCCAAAUGCUCCACAUCGCCAGUCAGAUCGCCUCAGGCAUGGUGUACCUGGCCUCCCAGCACUUCGUACACCGAGACCUGGCCACCAGGAACUGCCUGGUUGGAGCCAAUCUGCUGGUGAAGAUUGGGGACUUCGGCAUGUCCAGAGAUGUCUACAGCACCGAUUACUACAGGGUGGGAGGACACACCAUGCUCCCCAUCCGUUGGAUGCCCCCUGAAAGCAUCAUGUACCGGAAGUUCACUACAGAGAGUGACGUGUGGAGCUUUGGGGUGAUCCUUUGGGAGAUCUUCACCUAUGGAAAGCAACCGUGGUUCCAGCUCUCAAACACAGAGGUCAUCGAGUGCAUCACCCAAGGUCGUGUGCUGGAGCGGCCCCGGGUCUGCCCCAAAGAGGUGUACGAUGUCAUGCUAGGGUGCUGGCAGAGGGAGCCCCAGCAGCGGCUCAACAUCAAGGAGAUCUACAAAGUCCUCCAUGCUUUGGGGAAAGCCGCCCCCAUCUACCUGGACAUCCUCGGCUAGCGGUGGCUGGCAGUCACGGACGCAUACUCUGUGGCUUCCCUCUCCUGGCCUCACAUUGCCCCUCGUCCACCUCACACUCCUUUCUUCCAUCCUGACUGAAGCGAACAUCUUCAUAUAAACUCAAGUGCCUGCUACACAUACAACACUGAAAAAAAAAAGUGAAAGAAAAAACCCUGUAAGGCAGUUUGGCGAAUAUAUAUAUAUACAUAUAUAUAUUUAUAUAUCUAACUAUCUAUCUAUAUCCACAGAGAGAUACCUUCUCUAAUACAGAGGGAAACUGCUGAUACAGAAACCAUAAGACUGUAACAACAACUCAGAAAAGCUUAAAUCUUAUGAACACAAAUGGAAGUUCCCUUUGACUGAAGCUGGGGCCCGUGGAUCUCCGGCUCCAGCUUUUCGGGGCCGAAGACCUUGAUGACGCAGAGACGGUCUUCACGCUGGGACCGGAGGAGAUGGGGUGGAGUGCGAAUCAGCGCCGUGCAGGUGAUGACCUGCACAGGUGUGCUACCCCUCCCCCGCCCCCAAGGUCUGCACAGGUGCGUGGGCUGACCUCGUCCACUGCACUCAGGAGGCAGCAGGAAGUAACACCGGCCCCGGGGGCCUCUGGAAUGCCUCACGUCUCCACUGACUAUUGCUCCACGCCUUCCCCCUUUCCUCCGCUUCAAGACAAUUCUCCAAUUUGUCCGUUCUAGAAAGUAGAGUCCUGAUGCUUUUGGAAGUCAAUGAGGGCGUCUACCACUAAACACUGGACAAACGACGUGACCCAAAACCAUGGUGACAAUGGACCACAUCCGUCUUGGGUGUAAACCAUGCUCAAGUUCCUUCCUCAGUUGGAAAAAGAUGUGUCAUCUAUUCUCUGAACAUCAAGAACUGGACGUUCUGGACUUAACCACAGAAGAAAAAGCUGAAAUUUGAACCCUCCAUGUCAAGGCACUGCCUCCCACCUUUUCCUCACUGGAAAGACUCCUUGGCCUCACCUCCCACAUUCAGGCCUUUGGGGGAGUUUGGGGGCAUAGCGAACACCCCCCAUGUUGCCUGUGAAUGUGGACGCAGCAGGGUUCCAAUAGCAGGAGACUUCGUUCCUCGUAGGUCAUUAUAGGAUGUGCCCCUCUGUGUCGUCUGUUUCUCAUCCUGCCUGCCCUAGAUCCUCAGCCCCGACCUUCUGGGCCUUUCGCACGUCCCAGGGAAACCUCACUGCCAAGGAAGGAAGCCAGGACUAGAGACGGUGUGGGGCAGUGCUUGUUUUGGAGAGCGAGGCCGUGGACUGGGCAGGAGCCAGCAGCGGAGAAUCUAUUUGGCACCUGCACUGGCCCCUUGGCAUUCUCCUCACGUUUCCAGCCCCUGGAAGGAUGGAUGCAUCUGCGUCUGAGCUUGCUGUGAACACUCAGGGGCUGAAAAAUCGCUUUUGUGGGCUGGGGGUGGGGGAGGGGCCGAGGCUUCUCUGGGAGGCGUCCACGGUGGGGCCACAGCCGCAGGCUUGGCAUCUUAAUGAGGACGGAGCCCUAACCGGAGAGGGAGAAUGAGGCUUCUGGGCUGGGGUCCUGGCCGCUGCUGUCGAGGCCCGUAAUGGGCAGAUCCCUGGGCCUCCCGGACACAGGACCACGAAAUGCCCCUGGUUGCCUGGCCCCAUGCAGCCCUCCUGCUGGAGAGAGGACAGGUCCCUCUCAGCUCACCCUAAGCACAGAGCUCCAUAAUGGACCGGCCUUUGCCCCCCGGGAGCCUCAGGGUGGGCAGGGGUUGGGGGGCUCUGGCCUGGGCCCUGCCCUACAGCGUGAGGGGCUGUGGGCGGCUUGAGCAGCCUGGUCAGCUGCAGCAUGGGCAUCCCUGUGGGGUUCAGGACUAAAUCCUGUAUUUGUGGUUUUGCUUCCUUUUUUUUUUUUUUUUUU